AAUCACGGAAGAGUUACACGCGUUGACCCGGCAAAUUUUGCUUGUUUGGCUGUAAAAUUAACUAAAUAUUGUUAUAACAUUCAAAAUGCAAAGCACACGUGCUCUUAUUAUGUGCUUCCAGAAUGCUAGAUAUAUCAGUUCAUCUAACAUCUAUUCGAAUAUUUCUAGAGAGAAUAGAUUCAUGAAGAAGAUAAUGCAUGGAACUCGAAAAAGUAAAACGAAAAAAAGGUGGUACAAUGAAAGUAUGAAUUUAUCUGUCGUAAACACCAGUCCAGUCAAGAAAUCACUCUCUAUGCAUACAAUGCGCAGAAUGGCUAUUCGAGAUAAACUCUUUAUGGAACACAUAACAGACCAGAUAUCGAUGGGAGAAGUAUCUGAUAUCAUAAACAGAGGCAUAGAGAUCACUCAUGUAAAAAUAACAGCAGAUUUCAAAUGUGUCAAUGUGUUUUGGACAUACAGCGACAACAAUGCUUCCUCGCUUGUUACUGAAGAAGAAUUGCAAAGAUGUGCCAAAAUUAUUCGGCAUGAAUUAUCACAGCUGCGUGUCAUAGGUGUUGUGCCACCUAUUCAAUUUGUUCAAAACAAGCAGUCUUUUAUAGAGAAAGAAGUAGAGGAAAAAUUAGCAAUAAUAGCAUGUGAAAAAGAUAUUGACGAGUCUUCGUUGUAUCCUGAUGAAAUACAAUCAGCUGUUUCACACGUUAAUGCAAUUAAUCAAACUUUACAAGAGGAACCAGUUUCAAAUAAUGACUCCAAAAUUGAGCCUCAUCUACAACUGCCAGUGAUGAGACACGAUGUGUUGGGAUUAGAUCAUCACAGAAUUAUGUCACGGAUUACUGCUUCAUUAUCUAAAUCAAGAAAAGCUGUGCAAAGACGCAUGUUGGACACGGAGAAUACUAAUGCAGAUAGUAAUCUGGUUUCACAAAAAGUUACAGAUUUCUUAACAGAAAAGGAGCAACAACAGCUCUUCUCGGACUUCCUUGCCAAAAGACGAAUAGAAGAAAAACGCAAACGUUGUGUGAAACGAUUGCGUGAACAAGAGUUGAAUAAUAUUGAAGAAAAUAAUGAAGAGGAAGAAGGACAAGAGGAGGAAAUGGAAUUUGAUUAUGAGAGUGAAUAUGAUAUUGACAAGUGCAAUGAUAAUUUCCAUGAUAAAACAUGAUAAUUAAAAAAAAAACAAUUAUUGCAGAACAAUUUUUAUUGUUCAAAAUAUAAAUAUAAUACUAAUGCUUGGUUCUAUACAUUU